AUGGCGCUCAUAGACAGUCCUGCAGUCUUCAAGGCCAGAUGUUUGGCUGUGGGCUUGACUGAGGAUGAACAUAACGCACUGUGUACCAAAGGAUGGUCCACGUAUGCAACCUUCGCCUUUUCAGUGCCUGUGCAGGCAGGCCAGGCGGAUGAGAGCAGUUUUGUGACACAAGUAGUGCAGGAGGUUCUUGGCGACCCAAGCCAUACUUCUGCAGCCAAGCUUCGUCGUUUGCACUUUGAGAGCUUCACCCUCACGGUGGCGGAUCUCAGGAGGAAGGUUGAUACACCCGAGGAUUCAAAGCCUCGCAAGCUGCCACCUGCUGAGCUGGCAGACCGCAUAGGAAAUUUGCAAAGAGACAUCGACCCUCUAAAGAUCGAGGGCUCCCUUGAGCCAUCCCAUGCUUUCAUCAACGCAGUGGCCCAGGUUGUUGAAGAUCAGAGAUUGAGAUACAUAGAGUGGAGCCGCUGCACCACGCGCAACCAAGAGGUGAACAACAUGAAGGAGGACCACGCCCUCAAAGUGUGGCAGCCCGACGACAAAGGCACUAUCAAAGAAGUGCCUAAAGAGCCUGAGGUGUCAGCAAUUUUGUCAACAGACCUUGAAGUACACCAAGCGCUGAGACGUCGUGGGGUGGCGUAUGCAUUGGGUCAGCUCAUGUCCUUUGAGCGCCACGAGAGGUUGGUCGCGUCUCUUUUUCAAGAGUUUCAACGGGAGCCACCGGAGGGAUUCGAGAAGGUCAGCUUGAAGCAAUUAGCCCAGGCUGAUCGUGAGGCUCAUUUGAUGAUGGCAGAGAAGACCAGAGCAGGCCUGGUUCCGGGCCCAAAUGGUGAGCUGCCCUUGGACAUAGUGGUUUGUGAAGUGAUUGCGUCACCGAAUUUCAUGUGGAUGUUGAUGCCAAAGCCCAAACGGGCCGCAGCCCCGAAAGCGGAGGCCGCGCACAAGGCCCCAACCAAGAAGCAGGCUCAGCGCCCGCCCCCGCCGCCGCCCGAGCCGGUAGCCAAAAGGGCCCGCGUGCCAAUGCCAAAGGGCCUCCGUGGGGGUGUGUCGGUGAACGAGGACAAGGAGCCAGUGUGUUUCGGCUUCAACCUCAAAACCUGCAAGCACAAGGGUAAGAAAUGCCCAAAGGGGCUGCAUGUAUGUUGUGCCAACGGUUGCUUCAGCCCGGCGCAUGCAUUUGUGGACCACAAGUCUUGA